GCAGUGUAAGAAAGUGUACGCUAACUGACACGAAGUAUACAAAUACCGCAAAUAAUCAGUUGUGCAAGCUACAGCCAUUGGGCUGUGUCAUUGUGUGAAUGAUCUUGAUAUUAUAUAUAUUCUUUGGUCACAUGAUUGCGUAUUGCCGCUGUGGUCACCUGAUUUGUUGUGUCGCUGGUAAGGAGAAAUGGCUGCCCACUUAUCCUACGGUAGAGUCAAUUUAAACAUUUUGAGAGAAGCAGCACGAAAAGAGCUUCGAGAGUUUUUAGACAAAUGUGCAGGAAGCAAGGCCAUAGUUUGGGAUGAAUAUCUGACAGGACCAUUUGGCCUGAUAGCUCAGUACUCUCUGCUGAAGGAACAUGAAGUGGAAAAGAUGUUCACCCUCAAAAGUGGCAGGCUCCCCUCUGCCGAGGUCAAAAAUAUCAUCUUCUUUGUUCGUCCCAGGCUGGAGCUUAUGGACAUCAUUGCUGAGAAUGUUUUCAGAGAGGAUAAGCUGCAUUCGUCAAGAGACUUCCACAUUCUGUUUGUGCCUCGGCGGAGCUUGCUGUGUGAACAGCGGCUGAAGGAGCAGGGCGUGCUGGGCUCCUUCAUCAACAUCGAUGAGUAUAUCCUGGACCUGAUUCCUUAUGAUGGUGACCUGCUCUCCAUGGAGUAUGAAAGCGCUUUCCGGGAGUGCUACCUGGAAAAUGACCAAACAAGCCUUUACCACACAGCCAAAGGCCUCAUGACCCUACAGGCACUGUAUGGCACCAUCCCCCAAAUAUAUGGGAAAGGAGAAUGUGCACGGCAUGUUGCCAACAUGAUGCUGAGGAUGAAGAGGGAGUUUGCUGGCAGUCAGAACCAGAUCCUGCCUGUGUUUGACACUCUGCUCCUUCUGGACCGUAAUGUUGACCUGCUCACCCCUUUGGCCACACAGCUCACUUAUGAGGGUCUGAUUGACGAGAUCUAUGGAAUCAGUAAUGGUUAUGUCAAGUUGCCUCCUGAGAAGUUUGCACAGAAGAAGCAAGGUGAAGCAAGUAAAGAUUUACCAACUGAGCCCAAGAAGUUGCAGCUUAAUUCAGCAGAGGAACUAUAUGCAGAAAUACGGGACAAAAAUUUCAACGCUGUUGGAGCAGCACUCAGCAAGAAGGCCAAAAUUAUUUCUGCUGCCUUUGAGGAACGUCAUAAUGCCAAGACAGUGGGAGAAAUAAAGCAGUUUGUGUCUCAGUUGCCCCAUAUGCAGGCAGCACGAAGCUCGCUAGCUAACCACACCUCUAUAGCUGAGCUGAUCAAGGACAUCACCACAUCGGAGGCCUUCUUUGAUAACCUAACAGUGGAGCAGGAGUUUAUGACUGGAGUUGACACAGACAAGGUGAACAUUUACAUAGAAGACAGCAUUGCCCAAAAAGACCCACUGAUCAAGAUUCUGCGUUUGGUGUGCAUGCAGUCUGUCUGCAACAAUGGCCUCAAGCAGAAGGUGUUGGACUACUAUAAGAGGGAGAUUCUCCAGACCUACGGCUAUGAACACAUACUAACGCUUAACAAUCUAGAGAAGGUGGGUCUUUUGAAGCCACAGACAAGUUCAAGGAACAACUACCCCACUAUUAGGAAAACCCUUAAGCUAUGGAUGGAGGAUGCCAAUGAACAGAACCCCAAUGACAUCUCCUAUGUGUACAGUGGUUACGCCCCACUAAGCAUUCGAUUGACCCAGGUCUUGGCCCGGCCUGGGUGGCGUAGCAUUGAAGAGGUGCUGAAGAUGCUUCCCGGCCCACACUUUGAGGAGCGACAGCAGCUGCCUGCUGGGCUUCAUAAGAAACGCCAGCAGGGGGAGAAUAGGACAACACUGGUCUUCUUCCUCGGUGGAGUGACGUAUGCAGAAAUAGCCGCUCUUCGUUUCCUCUCUCAAAUGGAAGAUAGCGGGAUGGAGUAUAUUAUUGCCACCACAAAACUCAUAAAUGGUACAACUUGGAUCAAAUCCCUCAUGGACCGGCCUGAAUCCCAGACCCCCUGAGUGAUGGAUGUACACCUGGUCUCUUCAAGCACUCCAUUCAUCAGAAAUCUCAAGUGCAGGUUUCAUGUCCAUGUCGGUGUUGUGCAAGUGUUACACUGAUUCUGAUCAAAUUGCAUUUCUUGUAAACAGUUAUGUUUACAUUCAGUGUUGUUGUUUUUUUUUUAGCAGUAUAUAUUUUUGAGGCCCUACAAACAUGUUACAUGCAUUUCUAUCUUCAUAACAAUUGCAAAGCGGAAAUCAAGCUAAAACAAAGCCUAAAAAUUACCACAUAAAGCUUCUAAUUGUCCUAAAAUUCACAGGAUACAAUUAUUUUUUUCCCAUCCAUUUGCACCCAGACAAUAUAAUAUAAAGCAGGUUUACUGUUUCUUGUACAUCCCUUAGUCCUCUGGUUAUCUGCUAUUUAGCCACUGUAUAUACUGUAUGUAUGUAGGUAUGAUUAAAAUCUUUUGGAUGGUUGUGAUAAUGUCAUAUACAAGAUGAUUAGAGACACUUGAUUUGCAUUUGGAAGAUAUUUGUUGGCAGUUUUCUCUUGUAUGGCUUUUAUUGGUGUGAUAUACAGUGAAUGGAUACAUAAAGUCUAAACCAACUGUA